ACAAGAAGUCGUAUAUUAUCAUGAACUCUGACCCCGAAAAUGGCGGAUGCAAAGGUGGUGGUGGAGACAUCGCCAGGCAGAUCGAAGUAGAAGCUGAUAUUGAUACAGCCAUGAGUUUCACUAAAACUUAUCAAACUCCCCAAAGAGAAAAGGUAUAUUCAAAUUGGGAGAGCAUGGUUUUGGCCUACCAAUCUCUUGGAGUAGUGUACGGCGACUUGGGAACUUCUCCGGUGAACGUUUUCUCCGCGACCAGCUUCACUAACCUGAGUGAAGACGAUCUUUUGGGAACCCUAAGCCUCAUUAUAUGGACCCUCACAUCUCUCGUGUUGGUCAAAUACGUGUUCAUCGUGCUACAUGCCAACGAUCAUGGCGAAGGAGGUACCUUCGCCAUCUAUUCCUACAUCUGCCGACACAUCCACUUCAACACCAAAUUCACCAUCCACAACACCAAAUUACAACCGGAUUCUGCCAUGGCUUAUUACACCGGGGGGGGCCACAGCCCUCUCUCCACUAGGGCCAAGAAUUUUCUCGAGAGAAGCUCUUCUGCUCAGAAUUUCCUCACCGUCAUCGUCCUCCUCGGAACCUGCAUGGUUAUUGGAGAUGGAGCUCUUACCCCUGCAACUUGUGUUCUUUCAGCUCUUCAAGGAAUCCAGUCACGAUCAUCCAAGAUCACACAAGACCAUGUGGUGUGGAUAUCUGUAGUUCUUUUAGUAGCCUUGUUUGUAUUCCAACGAUGUGGAACUAGCAAAGUCAGCUUCUUGUUUUCUCCAAUCAUGUUGAUUUGGUUUGCCACCAAUGUUUCAAUUGGUGUUUACAACAUUUUCAAGUAUGACCCCUCCAUUCUCAAAGCCGUGUCGCCACACUACAUCGUUAAGUUCUUCAUGGCCAACGGCAAGACUGCGUGGGAUCUCCUCGGAGCAGUCUUCUUGAGCAUCACAGGAGCUGAGGCUAUGUUUACAGAUUUGGGGCACUUCAACAAAAGGGCUAUUCAGUUGGGCUUCUCUUUGGUGGUUUAUCCGUCACUCAUAGUGACGUACGCAGGCGAAACGGCUUACCUAGUGAAGCACCCUGAGAACAUCACCGACGCCUAUUACAGUUCUCUUCCGAAUCCAGUUUACUGGCCGAUGUUCGUUAUCUCCACGCUAGCUGCAGUUGUUGCAAGCCAGUCUAUGAUCUCCGCAUGCUUCUCCAUCGUGAAGCAGUCGCUGGCGCUCGGCUGCUUCCCCAGGGUCAACAUAAUCCACACAUCCUCCAACCACCAAGGCCAGGUCUACUCCCCUGAGAUCAACACCAUUCUACUUAUCCUCACGGUGGCGCUCGUCGUCGGAUUCAAGGGCGGAGUCGAGCUCGCCAAUGCGUACGGCGUGGUGGUGAUAUGGGUCAUGAUGAUCACCACGUUUCUCACGAGUCUCGUGAUGCUGGUGAUUUGGAAGACGAAUGUGGUGGCCGUGUUGGGAUUCUUGGUGCCGUACGUUUUGAUGGAGGGCGCGUUCAUGACUUCCUUGCUGAGGAAGAUACCGCAAGGGGGAUGGGUUCCGUUCGCCAUAUCAGUUCUCUUCAUGACCGUGAUGAUGUCGUGGACGUACGGAAGGAGCAAGAAGACGACGUACGAGGCCGAGAACAAGAUGAGUGUGACAGAACUCGACGAGGCAUUAUCCAGCAUCUACCGGACUCCAGGGGUCUGUUUGUUCUUCACCGAUCUCGUCCACGGCCUUCCGCCCAUCAUCCGCCGCUACAUCCACCACAUGAACUCGGUGCGUGAGAUCAUGGUCGUCGUCACCAUCAGGACUCUGCCGAUCAAAACCGUCUCAGCUGAGGAGCGUCUCCAUGUGGGAAAGCUGGGGCGCAACGGGGUGUACCAGUGUUUGAUCCAGUUCGGGUACAAGGAUGCAGAGGACAUCGACGGAGCCAAAUAUACAGAUCACAUAGCCGCAAAGCUCCUUGAGCUGACCGAUGAUAACAGUGAGAAGCACAAGAUUCGGAGUUCGAUGCAGAAAGGGAUAGAGUUUGUUACUGGAAGGACUAUUCUCAAGGCAAACAAGAAGAGCGAUAUGCUCUCGCGGUUCACCAUAGAUUAUAUGUAUAGGUUUCUGCAAAAGAAUAGCAUGCCUGCGUUUUCAACAGUUCGGACACCUUCCAACGCAACGCUGCAGGUCGGGAUGUUGUACGAAAUCUGAAUCCAGACUUCAGUAUGGACCAGAUAGGU